GGGGGCACCGGGCACGGCGGUAUACGGGGCACCUGUGCAGCGCCGUUGUGUCCGGGCACGAAGAGGCCCCGGGGAAAAUAAACACCCCGUCCCACCGGAGGAGCCCCUGUGGCCCCGGUGCAGGUAAGGGCUGCAAGCGCGGGGCUCACUGCCCCUGUUUUCGGCCCCGCGGCGGGCUGCAUACCGAGAGAUUCUGCCCGAACCGCGGCUCUGUGCUCCCCGGCCGGGAACGGCGGCACCGGCAGCAACUUCCCCUGUCCGGGUGGGAAAAGUGGGCUCUGAGCGCCCGAGGGCUCUGAGCGCGGUCGGGUGGUAGGGGGUUGGAUCUCUGCGCCGGGAGAACGGAACGGCUCCGGGCUGCUCCGAGGCUGUGUGCUGGCACAGUGAGGGAAGUGGGGGGUCCCGGAGGGGUCCAAGGGCACGAGUGUGGGUCUGAGGGCCACGGUGAGGCGCCGUUUGGUGGGACGUGCUGAUGAGGCAGCUGGGUCUUGUGUGGGUCUGUGCCUCUGCUUCCCCUCUGGGUAAAAUGUGGGACAGUGGCAAAGAGGAGAGGGGUUCACUGCUGCUGCUGAAGGAGCGUGCUUUGGACCUCAUCUUCCUGCAAAGUGGGGGUGUUAGGGAUUGUGCAGCCUGGGGGAGCUGAACCAGGGUCUGCAAAGGGGAGAGGUGGCUCCAGGAAGGAUGUGAUAUGCUGUUCCAUGCUGCACAAAGAGGGCCAUGGUGCCCAACAUGGCACCCACUCCAUGGCAGCCCCAACUUGACCACGUGGGGGGAUUGUGGGGCCACAGCUCCCAGGGGCCUAGAGCCCCCCCAGCACCACAGAUGGACCCCUGAGGCUGGGAGGAUCCCGGACUGGUGUGAGAUGCAACUGUCCUGACUGCUUCAGAAUACAACAAGAAGUUUUUAGGGUGCUACAAACAUUGGGUUGUGACCCAAAGCACAGCAUUGCUGGAGGAAGGCUGCAGCAAUGGCCCCAUUACAGGACUGUCUCCAUCAGGAUAAAGUCUAUCUGCAAAACUUCACUUAGCUUUGCCCUUGCUGCAGCCUCCCAGGGGCAGGAAGUGUGCACUGUGCUGUGCAGUCUCGGCACUGCUGCUUCCCCCUCUGCUUUGCACUUCCCCAUCGCUUUCCUGAGCCACUGUCUCCUCCGGGUGAGGGAGAAAGGAAGUUGCCACAGGAGAGAGUGGUCGUUGAAAAUAGAAAGCAAGAUGGAUGCUCCAAAAUAACCCCUUCCUCCUCCUCCCGCUGCUGUUGCUGUGGGCCCCUGGACAUGGUGACACCACCAGGUCCCCAAGCAUGGCAUAGGGGUGCUUUCCCCAAGGGCCCCCUCCAGGUGCCAGAAGCACCCAUGGCCGUGUCCCCAGGGAAGGGAGCACUGUGGGAGCCCUCUCCCCUCCCAUGCCUGAGGCUGGGGCUGGUAGUCAGAGCCCCUCACCCAGCUCCAUGCAUGGACAUGUUGGGGCUGCUGGGCACACUGGGGUUCCCAGGUGCCCGUUCAGGUUUGGGACCAAGUCAGGUGUUUCCCAGCCCUGCAGGCUGCUCGGAGAUGCUGGACUUGUUGCAAAGGAGCCAACUCCUCCAGGUAGUUCCUGGCUUCUGUCCCACUGGGUGGCAAGGGGCACCAGGAUGAGCAGUGCUGGGUGUGUGCAGGGUGCUGCAAUGACUACCUGUGGUCUGGCUCUCUCCAUCCCUCCGGCCUUCUGUGCUGCCUUUGGUCCCUUGGCACCAAGGUGAUUGCACCCUGUGUGCACCACUCUGCUGUGCUGCAGGGAUGGGCAAGACACUUUCUGCUGGGGGGACUUCGGGUUAUAAAAGCUCAAAAACCCCCAAAGGCAUUUUGUCAUCUUAGGUAGUCUCUUCCCUUCUUUUUUGCUACUGCUGAGGAGCUGGGCUUGUGCUCCUGACCCCAGCACAGCCACCAGCAGGAUGGCAUGGGGCUGUGAGCAGUGCUGGAGCAGCUCUGAGCACUGCUGCAUUGCUUCCGCAUGGCCCAGAACUCAACAGUGAGUCCCAGAACAGCAGAGCAGAACCAUGCAGCAACCAAGUGAGGCAGUGCAUAGGGCUCAGGAUUCGUCCCUCCAGUGUUCAUUGUCCCCUGCCUUCACCGUGCUCCAGCUCACCCUUUUGGGUCAUAAGGUUUCCCCCGUGCUGCAAGGUACUUCUCCUCUGGCCUCAUCCUGCUCUGCACACAUGUCCCUGCAGGGCUAUGUGCACCCAUGGCAACACACACAGAGCAGUGACAACCAAAGGUGCCAGCUCCCUUCUGUGCCACCCAGCAUGUGCUGGGAGCGGGGGGGGGGGGAAGCUGAGCACUGUGGGAUCAGGCUCUGGUUACACCCGAGUGGCUCUGGCCCUUCUCCUGUGAUCUGGCGCAGCAGCGAGGUUUAAUUAAUUAAUGUUAGUUGGGCACUUGGUGGUUGGCAGGGGAAAGUGAUAGGGGCAGCAAUGGGGAGCAGAGCAGCAGAGCGGCACAGUGCAUGCAUCUCCCUGAGUGGCAGUGGAGGGGUAUGGCAAACACAACAGGGGGAACCAGGGAGAUGGUGACCCUGAAACGUUGACUUUUAGCAUUGGCCCUAAUAGAAGAUGCUGAUGCUGCCCUUAGGACUGUGUUGGAGGGAAUGGAAGUGUGGUGGAGUGGGCAAGAGCAUGGCUGGGAGGUGGAGGAGCUCCCAGCUCAAGCCUUCCUUUCUGCACGCUUGAUCCACACUGCCCCAUGCAUUAUUGAAGUUUGUUUGCAUUCCUGCAUCAAAUAUUCAUCCCGCUGCCAUGGGAGCUACUGUGGGGCUGCUAGGAGUGCAGUAGGGCCAUGUGGUGAAGUGCUGUGGGCACCUGGUGAUUGGCACCCAAAUGGACACCAGUGUGGGGUGAGUGUGAGGUGUGAGACUGGGACCUCCCUGACCCCAGCAAUGGGGUUUUUGUUUCCUCUGCAGAUGAGACUUUCAUCCCUGUUCACAGAGGGUCUCCUCCUUCCUCCAUCCCACUCCUGCACCUCCUGCUCCUGUAUCUCCAGGUCUCUUUCUGCUCCUGCAGCUGAGCAGCUUUCAGUGUUCAACUGAAGUCCUGAGCUGGAACAGGGACCUGGCAUGUGCCCGGCCUGGCAAGAGCCUGUUGCAGUGCUUUUGGGGUGUGUUGGAGCAUCAUCUUUGCAGCUCCCCCAGGAUGUCCAGGCAUAGAACCCGGUGCAGAUGUUGCAGCCUUCAUCUGAGCCCCAUGGUGUGGCCAUGCCUUCGAGUCCUGCUGGAGUCUGCAGAGCUCCCAGGGAGCUCUGCUUUUCUUGGUUGGGUUCAGAUUCCUGCAAAAUGGGUGGAAAAAAGUCCAAAGAAAUGGCAGUGGCUGUGUGCAAAGCCACCAUUCAUUGUCAGGGCCACACUGCACUGCUCUCUUCCAGAGCAGGGCUCAGUGCACAGCAGUGCUGCUCUUUCAGUGGAAGACCCUGGGUCUCAAGGGCAUUUUCAUUAAAAAGAAGAAGGAAAAAAACAAGCCCAGCGUAGGGCUGCAGACUUGAGCAGCAGGAAGGAAAUCUGGUGGUUUAUUUCAGUCUGCAGACUGCUUGGUGGGGCAAAGCAGACUCUUCCACGCACUGAUAGUGGCGACAGCCCCUCUGCCAACAAUGGGACCAGGGGUCAGCAGGACCGUUCCCAGCAGGAAAAAGCCCUAUUCCAUAACAUUUCCCACUGGGAGCUGAUUGUAUCCUUGGGAUGUGGAAGCUUCCCCCCAGGACCAAUGCAGAAGCAAAGCCCAUAACUGCAGUUGAGUGUUUUGGAGGAGUGGGCGCUUCCUAUUUUUUAAUGGCUCUGUGGGUGGAGUUUGCACUUGCUCAUUGCCUGUGGUUGCCCAACAGAGAGCUCAGGCAUAGGAAUCUCUAUUUAUACAGGCACUGCUCCUGCUCAGCAUCCUGCAGCACUAGAAGCAUUCAGGGCACAAAGCCCAUUUCCAACAGGCGGGCUCAUGGCCUGAGAUUGUGGCUGGGGCCAUGUGGUAAGCGUGGGACAUGGGCUCAGCUCUGGCAGCACCAUGUGUAUGGGGCCAUUGGCACUCAGGGAGUUCUGUGAAAGCAGCCUCUGCACCUUUGUCACUUCUGUCUCAGUCUGAAGCUCAUGCUGGCAAAAAUCAGUGUUUUUGCAUUGAAAGAAAUACCUACAAAGCACCACAUUUUUCCUAAGGGCUGCACGUAGCACUGCAUGUGGCAUCUGACCCCAGCACUGCUUGCUCACUUCAUGUGCUUCAAGCCCCAGUUGUGUGCAGGGGCAGUGAGAUGCCAGGAGCUGGGCUCAUCCCAUGGGGUGAUCAUCACAAGCUUUGAGCAGAAGCCGUUCUCUUCAUAUCCAUUUUUUUCUCACUCUGGCAGUGUCCUUUAGCUUCAAUAUUUCUUUUCCCUCCACGAUGAAGAGGACCAACAGUGAUGUAUUUAUAGAGCAAUCCCUUCCCUGCUCUCCUUUUACCAUUCUGACUGUGCUGCAUGCAGAUAAUUGCAUAAGCAACCUGCAUCUCCCAUCCAUACUCACACUGGAGCAGCUGUCACCACACAGGGCUGCACAUAGCUACAAUGGGUGACUCAGCCCCACCUGUCUCAACCUACAGGAAAUGAGUCAGGUUGUAAGGAGGCAGUAAAGUGGUGGGGCAGGAGCCCUUCCUGCAGUGAACAGUGCAGCGGCUAUCUUGGGAGGUAGAAGAAGGGUGAAGGUCUUGCGGUACUCAGAGAUGGACACCUUCAGCACCAAGAACUUGGCCCUGCAGGCCCAGAAGAAGCUCUUGAGCAAAAUGGCAUCCAAGACAGUGGCCAAUGUCUUCAUUGAUGACACAAGCAGCGAGAUCUUGGAUGAGCUCUACCGAGCCACGAAGGAGUACACUCACAAUCGCAAAGAGGCCCAGAAGAUCAUCAAAAACCUUAUCAAGAUUGUGAUGAAGCUGGGCGUGCUGUACCGCAAUGGGCAGUUCAGUCCUGAGGAGCUGCUGGUGAUGGAGCGCUUCCGCAAGAAGGUGCACACCUUGGCCAUGACAGCGGUGAGCUUCCACCAGAUAGACUUUACGUUUGACCGCAGGGUCAUGUCAAGUGUGCUGACAGAGUGCCGGGACCUCCUGCACCAGGCUGUCAGCAGCCACCUGACGGCCAAGUCACACUCCCGCAUCAACCACGUCUUUAACCACUUUGCAGACUAUGAGUUCCUCUCGGCCCUCUACGGGCCAGCCGAGCCCUACCGCACCCACCUGAAGAGGAUCUGCGAAGGUGUGAACAAGAUGCUGGAGGAGGACAACAUAUGAAGCCAUUGGUGGCAACAUGACUCGGCAUUCUGUGAGCCUGAGGACAGGACAUACGGCCAUUUUGAUGAUGAUGGGGCUUUGUCCUCUUCUCUGUCAUGCUAACUCUCUCUUUUUCUCCUCUUUAUAUAAAAAGACUGAACCUCCUGACUUUGUCCAUCCUGUGCCCAGGAUCUGCAAACCUUGUUCCUGGCUGAGUCCUUUGCAGGUGCUCCAGGGCUGCUGGCUCCCUGGGCUCCUGCUGUACAUUCUUGGUUUACCUUUGCCCAUAAAGUGCUCUUAGCUCCGAGUCCAAGGAACUGGCCACAACUGGAUUCUCCACUUUGAACUUUAUUGUAAUCCUUCUAUAGAAAACAAACCAAGGACUGGCAGUGUGCAACACCAAUCCAAGCAGAUGGGCAGCCGCUUGAUGAGCAGGUAUGAUACCAUUAUCAUGGCUCUAUUUUGGCAAGGUUCCAGCAGCUCCACAACACAGUGGGAGCAAGCCAUGCUCCAGGCUUAUAGUGCCCAUCUUAAGAGGGUACUUCUGUGCCUUGCAGGCUGGAAGGGGUUUUGGCCUCCCUGUCAAGUCACAAGUCCUGGUGAUCAGAAAGAUCCCCAAUUGUAUGGGUGAGCAGUGGUCCCUCAGGGCUGGAAGCACCCUGGUGGCCCCACGUUCUCCUUCAUCCUGGGCUCAGCUGGGAUCCCCCAACAGCCUCCUGUGGACAGUAUCACUGUGAUCACUCGGAUGCCUUCCUUUGUCAUUGUCCCGACUAUUUCACACAUUUGAUGUAUCCUCAAGUGAGUUCUAAUUGUUAUUUUUUACAAAACUCUGUAGCCCUGAUGAGUUAUUUAAAUAAACUCAACUGGUUUGGCUUGGUA